AGAGCCCGAAAAUGAGUAACCCCAGCCGCGUAAUACGCUCCUCGAAUGUUCUGCUGCUACUCACGGGCUACCAGAUGCACUGGUUCGACGCCAAGCAGCAGCGCUAUCGGAUCUCCCUGCCCGGCGUGGUCAAUGUCUUUGUGCUGGCCUGCGUCUAUGCCGGCUGCUUUGCCCAGCACUUUCAGCCCUCGGCGCUGCUGAAGACGCUGCAGGAUGUGUCGCCUUUUCUAUACGGCCUAACCCGACUGCAGCUUCUGCUGAGCAUCAAGGUGUUUAGCUACGCCAUUUACGCCUCUGUGCGUGCUGUGGGCGUGGCAAGUGCACUGACGGCCUCGUUGCCCCUGAAGAGCCCGCCGGGACACCGCCACGUCAAGAAGGAGCUCUUCGCCUAUGGCCUGCUGUGCUCCACGUUCGUGGUGCUGCUCUGCUUUGGCCUGUACAUCGGCUACGAGCUGGAGUUCAAGCUGCCGCCGCUAAAGGAUAUCAUGGUUGGCUCUGCUCUUUUCGUGCCUCAUCUUGUGCUCGCCGGCGCCUUGCGCUUCUACUGCAUCUUUGCCUGGCUAGCGCGUGAGCGCCUGCAACAGCUGCAGGCGGAAGUCGACGAGCUGCUGACCAUUGGCCAAAUGAGAACUGAAAUGCAGCUGGUGGCGGGCGCCAGUUCCGUGUCCAUAGCUGCAACGCCCUCCACUGUGGACAGCCUGCUCAGCCAGUGCGAGCAGCUACAGCAGCUGGCAGCGAACUUUGGUAACUUCUUUGAUUCUUUGGAGCACUCCCUGCUGCUGCUGCUGGGCAUCAAUGCUAACUGCUUGCUCUUUGGCUUGUACGCCUUCGUCUACUACAGCAGCACGUGGUACGUGCUCUUCGAUGACCGCAGGCAGCGCAUCUUCUAUGCCGGCAACGCCUCCAUCUACGCCUGCAUUGGCUGCGACUAUCUGUGUUUGCUGCUGGCGCAGACCCUGCUCGAGCAACAGGUGGGUAUUGCCUCAAAUGACCUCAGAGAUAUUUGGCAUGGCAGCAAGCCUAAGAAACAAAACAAUUGGAAUUCCGGGUUCAAGCUGGUUUGGUUAUUCUUCUUGCAGAGCAUUCAGUUCUCGGAGCGACUGAGCACAGCUCUUGGCCAAAGAACUGUCCUGCCAAAGCGAAUGCGUCGCAUUGCCAAGGAUAUGCGCGCCAUUUUAUCGAACUGCUUUCGGUUUAAAUUCCUCUCAAUCUGGCGCUUUGAUGUGGCCAACUUUGCACUGCUGCAAUUGCUUCAGCUGCUGAUUAUAGCGCUGAUUGUGAUAUAUCAUUAUCUGGACGAUGCGAUUCAGUUGACAAACGAACGUUUCGAUAGCAACAACGAUGAAUAAUGCAGAUGUGAACAUAAGACAUUGGCCAACUACCUGUGUGUCGUGUGCUUUAACAAUUUGCGGUUAGUUUCCAGUUCGAGUUUCCACUCUGCCCAUGAGAACUCAUUUAAAUUAUCUGCAUAUGAAAACUUAAUCUAUAAAUUUAUUCGUUGCCCGAGCAACGAAACUGGCCACAAAUCACGAUUAAGUUUCUAAUAAAAUUGUUCCCCAAUCAAACUAAAAUUUUGUCCUGCCUGCCUGGCUUGUUGUCUCUUCUGG